CCCGACGUCGGGAACGCGGCCUGCUCCUGUGCGUGCGUGCGCGAGACAGACGUAGACAAACGCGAAGUGGAGAAGGAAGGGAGAGGAGGAGAUUGGGUGAUUAUGGCGGCGGUGGCCGGGACCUCGGCGCGACUUCGGCGAUAUGUGGUGGCCCCGGCGGGGCAACAUAGCGCCUCUCUGAUCAUGCUGCACGGUUCAGGUGAUUCUGGCCAAAGAUUCAGAGGAUGGAUCAACCAAGUUUUAAAUCACGAUUUAGUUUUUCAGCACAUAAAAAUUAUUUAUCCAACUGCUCCUUCCAGGCCAUAUACACCAAUGAAUGGAGGACUCUCCAAUGUGUGGUUUGAUAGAUAUAAAAUAUCAAAUGAUUGCCCAGAACACCUUGAAUCUAUUGACUCAAUGUGCCAAGUUCUUGCAAAUUUGAUUGAUGAAGAAGUAAAGAAUGGUAUAAAGAAGAAUAGAAUACUAGUCGGGGGAUUUUCAAUGGGGGGCUGCAUGGCACUACAUUUAGCAUUUAGAAAGCAUCGUGAUCUGGCUGGAGUAUUUGCACUUUCUAGUUUUCUCAAUAAAGCCUCUGCUGUUUAUCAGGCUCUCCAGAAGAAUGAGGAUGCACUUCCUGAAUUAUUUCAGUGUCAUGGCACUACUGAUGAGUUAGUUCUUCAUUCAUGGGGUGAAGAGACAAAUUCAAUUUUGAAAUCACUGGGAGUAAGCACAACAUUUCAUAGUUUCCCAAAUCUUUAUCAUGAGUUAAACAGAACUGAGCUAGAGAAAUUAAAAUCUUGGAUUCUUGAGAAGCUACCAAAAGAAAUAGAAACACCAAGUGAAUAAAUCAAGUGUUUGUGUUUCUAAAUCAUAUGUGUUUGUAAUGUCCUUAUUAUGAGAAGUGAAAUUUGCUGUCAAAAUAUUUUAUAAUCAGUGAUGAUUCCAAUUAAAUGAAACUGAUAUCAUGUACUAACUUGUAUAUAAUCAUUCUUUAUUUUGGCUUUUGUACUUUUGUACUUUUCCCUGUAUUGUCAUUAGUUACUUAGAGCCUCAGAAUAGUUGAUCUAUAGAUUAUAGAAUUAUACAAUUUCACAAAAUUAUCUUAAAGAUCUCUAUAAUAUCCCUACGUGCAGUUUGCAUGUAACAGCAUUAAAUGGGACAGGAUAGUCUGAAGUUGAUCAUUUCUAUUUAUAGAUUACUUUGCAAGCUUUAUUUAACUCAUUCUUAUAUUUAAUUUCAUCAUAAAUUUUAUGGCAAUCUAGAGGUAUAAUUGGAUUUUUCCUUAUUAAUUAAUAUAACUUUUAAAUCUCUCAAUCAACUAAACUCAAAUUCCUCAUUCUCUUAAUCUCUUAAACAGAUAUUAAAGUUGUCAAAUAUGUUAUUUACUAAUAAUAGAAAGUACACCAAAGAAAUAAUUAUUGACAGUGUCUUAGCUGUGAGAAUGAUCUCAGAGUUAUCUUUAAGCACUAUUGGUGGAAUUAUAAUUUUUUAAUCACUCUAAAAAGCAAUUUAGAAUUAAUAAUGCCUAAAAAGUUAUUAAACUGUGCGUACCCUUUGACUCAACAAUAUAGCUUUUAACUUUAUGUCCCAAAGAGAUCAAAGAAAGAGAAAGAUAUCCAUCUGCAUAGAUUUAUAGCAGUUUUUGUUUUUUGUUUUUUGUUUUGUUUUUUGUUUGUUUGUUUUUUUUUUGUGGUAGCAAUGAAUUGGAAACUGAGGAGAUGCUCAUUUCUUGGAAAAUGGCCAAAUAAGUUAUGGUAUAUGAUCAUGAUGGAAAACUUUUUUGCUUUAAGAAAUGAUAGAGGAUUAGUUUCUGAAAAAUCUGGGAACACUAUGAAUGUGAAGUAAUUGGAUUUGGGAGAAUAAUUUAUAUAACAACAUCAUAAACUUGGAAGUUUGAAAUUGUGGUUGAUCAUUGCUAUCAAAGAACUUAUGAUGAAAUAUACUCUCUACCUCUAAAUAGAGAGGUGAUGGAUUCAGAGUGUCUAUCUUUCUUUCUCUUCUUUUUUUUUUCUUUCAUUUCUUCUUUCUUUCUCUUUCUAGACAAGGCCACUGCAGGAAUUUGUUUUUCAAAACUAUGUAUAUUUGUAAUGGGCUUUGUUUUUCUUGCCUUCAAAAUAAGUAGGGAGUGGGAGGGAGAAUUUGGGAGUGAGAAUAAAAGAAAAUUGAAUUGGAAUUUCCUCUAAAUAUUAUUAUAACUGAAGAUAACUUCAUUUUCAUUCAAGAUAUUAAACAAAGUCUUUUCUCAAGAAUUCUCUUCACAAUAUUAAAUUUCAUAAUGUAGAGCUCUUCCCCUUUCUCCCCUUUGGACAUUGAUAAUGUGGGAAUUUGUUUUGAUAAACUAUAUAAAUAUAUUUAUGAAGGGUUUUGUUUUUCUUCCCUUAUGAAUAGGGGGGGGAGAAAGGGGGAGGAGAAUUGAAAAUAAAAUUGAAAUUAAAAUUUUUCCUUGAUUUUA